AUGGCUCCCACCAAGCGCUCCUCCGGUUCAGCACCUCUUGCCCCAAAGCGCCCACGACUCCCAAAACGACCUGAAGAACAUGAAGAUUUACUGACUGAUGAGUCUGAAAUAUCUUACCGAACAUUGACUCCACUGCCAGCCCGCACUCGGACGCAGGAGGAGCCUGAGGCAAUUGAGGCGCCAGAGGCAAUUGAGGCGCCAGAGGUGGAAGAAAUAGUUGAUACUAGCCACUCAGACUAUGAUGAUGCUCCGGAGAAUGACCACGAGAGCUCUGAGGAGGAUGAGGAUGAACCGGAGGAUGAACCUCAAGCCCCCCCCCAUCUUACACCCAGAAGUCUCAGACUGUCGGAAAGAGACCUCAUACAGUUCAGCCGACUACUGCCAGAGCACUGGGCAAUGCUCGGAGGAAACCAACUGACGCGGUAG